UUUCUGUUUAAAUUAGCAAACACACCGAGAUGAUCAGAAGCUUUCAUGCUUUAUUUAUUAUUUAUUUUAGCACUCACACAUUUAUAGCUUUAGCGUUUUUUUCUACAACUUUUCUGAACGUUUUGGGUAAAAACCUGUUUUUCUGUGUUAAAGAGCCACAAAUGUGACCAUAAAUAAAUAAAUUAAUAAAUUUACAUGUAAACGUAUUUGCGUGUGUUCCGAACAUCCGUAUAAAUGCAUGUGCACGCUGUUAUACACUCACACCACCACACCCACUGCCGAACACCGAGCUGGUGCUGCCGAACACCGAGCUGGUGCUGCCGAACACCGAGCUGGUGCUGCCGAACACCGAGCUGGUGCUGCCGAACACCGAGCUGCCGAACACCGAGCUGCCGAACACCGACGUGCCGAACACCGCGCUGGUGCUGCCGAACACCGAGCUGCCGAACACCGAGCUGCCGAACACCGCGCUGGUGCUGCCGAACACCGAGCUGCCGAACACCGAGCUGCCGAACACCGCGCUGCCGAACACCGCGCUGCCGAACACCGCGCUGCCGAACACCGCGCUGCCGAACACCGCGCUGCCGAACACCGAGCUGCCGAACACCGAGCUGCCGAACACCGAGCUGCCGAACACCGAGCUGCCGAACACCGAGCUGCCGAACACCGAGCUGCCGAACACCGAGCUGCCGAACACCGAGCUGCCGAACACUGAGCUGCUAAAUGACACU